AUGGCCGAGGCGGAGAUGUACAAGGGCUCGUGCCUGUGCGGCCAUGUCACCUUUAAGGCUCGCGGAGCCUCCGAGGGCAACAUCGCCUGCUACUGCACGCAAUGUCAGAAGAAUUCGGGCUCGACCCAUCAAAUUGCAAGCGCCACCCCCAUCAGACAACAACCCCUCACUAAAACUGCCCGCACCUCACCCACCACCUCGCGCGUGGCCACAUUCUCCUUGGCGAACAUGACCGUGUCGGACCCCCAGAACUCCAUCAAGAUAUGGAACGUGCCCGGCGAGAGCUGCUCGAGCGGGCUGCCCAAGGAGAAGGUGUUUUGCGGCAAUUGCGGCUGCACGCUGUGGACGAUCCCGGCGGCGCUGAAGGGCAAGGGUCAAUACGUGCGGACGAGCCUGUUUGAUGGCGGGCUUACAAACGAGAAACUCAAGCCGACCAUGGAGAUUUUCAAAACCGCAUGA